AUGAAAGGUUUGCCCAAUCGCAGCAGAACUGGCGCGUCAGCGCCUGCUCCCCAGCCUGCUCCAACAUCCUAUAUUGCAGCUCCCCAGACCCCCUUCAAUCUUUUCUCUAAUCCCACAUCCAUCCAGUCCUCGAAUUCUGUUGGUGGAAACCCUAAUCCUUUCGGGAACUCAACUACCACACCUACUCCAUCGUUUCCACCUACAAACUCGCCGUUCUCCGUCAAACCGGCUCGACCGACGGAAGCAAAACCUGAUGCCGCGCCGUCUUCUGUGUCUUCUUCGAAUGUAUUUGCACCGGCGAACGUUUCUUCAGCGCCCUCAGCUUUUAUGACAUCCUCACCAUCAUCAUUUACGAUUCCUUCGACCACCUUCCCUCCCACGAACACAUCGAAAGCAUUCGCGUCUUUGCUUAGUACUUCUUCGUCAUCCACAUCUACAUCUUCGUCCAAUGGUUCUUCAGAUGAUUCUGCUCUCAAGCUUUACACGAAUCUGCGUGGUUUGAACGUGUCUCUAUUAUCUGCAGUGUCAAAAGCCGUUGACGACGACGCAUUUGUGGAUCUCUCCUCCGCUCUAGAGAAAUACAAGGAGGUGCGGUCAAAGAUACAGAAGGGUCAUGAUGCCAACCCCUCCGCGACAAGUGGUUCUAAACCAAGUGUCAGUUCUUCUGGAGACAAGCCGGCAAUGCCUGCGCCUCCCACUUCAUUUACUGGCUUCGGUGGAUUCAACCCAGCCACCUCAACUUCCUCUUCGACCUCUGCACCUGCACCACCCACAUUUACCUUUGGUUCAUCAUCAAACACUGCCUUUGGUUCCUCAUCUAACACCGGCUUUGGUUCAUCAUCGAGCACCGGCUUCGGUUCCUCCACUCCGUCCAGUCCCUUCGGCGCCACGUCAGCCUCAACCUCUCUAGCAACUGCAACGGUGCCUAAACCAAAUUCUUUUGGCACAGCAUCUGUCCCGUCCUCCUUCAAGUCUUUCGCUUCAACAGUAGCAGCUACGACGCCUUCCACUUUCGCAAGCUCGACCACUUCUUCGUCUACAACGACUCCCAGUGUUGGGUUCACGUUCGGCUCUGGCAGCGGAGCCGAGAAGCCCAAGGAGGAUGCUAAGACAGAUACGCCCAACACGGAGAAAAAGACUCUUCCGUUCAGUUUUGGGACUUCCCCGACACCUACCUCCUUGGCCGGCACCUCCUUGUUUGGUACAUCGCCGCCCGCUGCAAGCCCUUCCUCGACCCCCAAAGCUUCUACACCAGCAGCGGAGGAUGGAAAUGCGAGAGAAGGCGAUGAAGCUAGCACGGAAGGAGGCGAGUCACAGGAGGCCACUCCAGGUUUGCUAGCACCCAACCCUCACGAUGAAGAGGGUGAAGGAGAGGAAAAUGAGGAAACUAUUCAUGCAGUCAAGUCGAAGGCCUACCGGCUGAAAAAAGAUGAUAAGACGGGUGCCUCGUCCUGGGCGGAACUCGGAGUUGGUAUCCUUCGAGUCAAGAAAGAUAAAACCACAGCGUCACGUAGGAUGCUCCUACGGAACAGUACCAAUGGCAAGAUUCACAUCAACUUCAAGAUCUACGUUGGUAUGAACCCUUCAGUAAACAAGAAGGCCGUGUCGUUUGUCGGACAUGACAACGGAGUGGCGCAGUCCUACACUCUUCGUGUCGCCACCGAGGCUCAGGCGAAGGAGCUCAAAGAAGCGGUUGAAAAAGAAAUCGAGGCUAUAAAGGCUCAAUAG